AUGAUAUACUAUAACUGCACUGAGUUGACGAUCGUUAUCCUGCAAGCCGAAGAACUACCGGCUAUGGAUCUUGGCGGUACUUCUGAUCCCUAUGUGAAACUGUUUCUUCUUCCGGAUAAAAAGAAGAAGUUCCAAACAAAAGUUCAGCGAAAAUCACUUAAUCCUGUCUUCAAUGAGAGUUUCACAUUCAAGAUACCGUAUAAUGAGAUAGGAGGCCAAACAUUGGUUCUAAAUGUUUUCGACUUUGACCGAUUUGGCAAACAUGACCAGCACACAAGGCUUUCUUUUUACUAA